UUGUUUUACUUUUAAACCGCUUGUGCUUGUGACGUCAUCAUUAAGCGACUGUACGCAGGGCAGACGAAGCUUCAUUCAUGCCGCCAGCACGAACACAGCAGCAGGUUUAACAGCAUGGAUUUGUUAAAUAGUCCACUGGGCUGGGGUGUAGUAGCAGGGCUGAGCUGUGGGCUCCUACUCGGCUGGCACCUUCGGGGUCGCUUUGGUCCAACAUCCAAAACUCUGAUGACAGCGAUGGGGAACGGCGCAGGUGAAGCAAGCGUGAUGGGAGAAGGAGGCGAGUUCAAGAUGAUUCUGGUGGUCCGAAAUGACCUGAAGAUGGGCAAAGGGAAGGUCGCUGCCCAGUGCUCUCAUGCUGCUGUGUCAGCCUACAAGCAGGUCCAACGCAGGAACCCCGAGCUACUCAAACAGUGGGAAUACUGUGGACAGCCCAAGGUGGUGGUGAAGGCCCCCGAUGAGGACACCCUGAUCGAUCUGUUGGGCCGCGCCAAAGAAGUGGGGCUUCCUGUCAGCCUGAUCCAGGAUGCAGGACGAACACAAAUCGCACCUGGGUCACGCACUGUGCUGGGUAUCGGACCUGGCCCUGCUGAUUUGAUUGACAGUGUCACUGGAGACUUGAAGCUCUAUUAGAAUUCUAGUUUACAAUUUCCUGGCUGUUAAAAUAUUUUCAAACUGAGCUACGAGUUUAUAUUUUUAUACAGCUCCCUCAGUUCAGUGCACUUAAUCACAAUAGCAAUCAGUUGUCUGUUGAAUAGCAGUUAUGACUUCUUGCUGUGAUAGUUCAGUGGCAGAAACACGGUGAAUAGUUUCCAUGUUGCAGUUCUUCACACCAACCAAUCUAGUUCUGAUGCUCAAAAACACACAACGUUUAUGAUGAUACCAUACUAUUGUCGAUAUCAUUGCAGCACCGUGAAAUAAGAAGGUAUGAUUCCCAAUUCAUGUACUCUAAAUGAUAAAAGAAAAAUAAAUUCUGAAGUUGGAGCAUAGUGAUUCUUCAUAUUCUAAAGUAUUUAAUACUUUGAAGAUCACUGCAAGUAACAGUUUGAUGUACCCUGGUUGGCUGGCUGACUACAUGAAUUGUGAUGAGACAGGUUGUCGUACUGUUUUUAUUAUGAAAGAAUUAAGAAUUUGAAAUUGUUUUUCUUGUUCUUAAAUGGUGCUUUACAGUUAUCAUUUCUAAUUUUCUAAUUGAAAAUAAACCAUGAGUAAGGA